AUGGCUUCUAUAUCGAGGGUUCCCUUGGUGUGGAUAGAUUGCGAAAUGACCGGCUUGGACACCGACAAUGACACCAUCAUGUCUUUGGCCGUUUUCGUCACUGAUUCUGACCUUACUGUUCUCGACGAAGAAGGAUACGAGGCUAUCAUCCAUCAUACCAAAGAAGAGCUCGACCGCAUGGGGGAAUGGUGCACUAGACAUCAUGGCCAAUCAGGACUAACUCAAGCAUGCCUCGACUCCACGACUACCCCAGAAGAGGCUGCAGAGGGUCUAUUGGGGUACAUAAAGAAAUACGUACCGGAACGUCGUACCGGGCUCCUUGCUGGAAAUUCUGUACAUGCGGAUAAAUCGUUUCUUGUUAAGCCACCAUACAAGAUUGUCACUGAUCAUCUCCAUUACCGCAUCAUGGACGUCAGCAGUAUCAAAGAAGCUGCAAGGCGAUGGGCGCCUAAGGAAACCCUGAAGAAGAUUCCAAGAAAGAAAAUGCUACAUGAAGCGCGAGCAGACAUUCUCGAGAGCAUCGAGGAGGCGAGAUUCUAUCGCGAGGCGUUCUUUCUCAAAAAGGAUUGA